AUGUCUUCAGACAGAGCGAUAAGAGCGGACUCGACAUUGAACAAAUUUGCGAGGCAUGAUCCGGAGCGCGUUUCGGUGUCAAUAGGAGACGUCAGCGAACUGGGCCUCUAUCCACGUCCAGAGCGUCGACAUUUCAGUGUGCUUAACAUUGUCGCUCUGAGCUUCAACAUCUGCAACAGCUGGAGCACCAUCGCUUCUAGCUUAGCCAUUGCAAUCUCUGCCGGAGGACCAGCAACGCUCAUUUAUGGUAUUCUGCUCUCGGUGACUGCAUACUCAGCGACCGCAGCAUCUCUCGCCGAAUUGGCAUCCUGCUAUCCCACAGCUGGUGGACAAUACCAUUUCACCUCGAUACUUGCCCCCAAAAGGUUCAGUCGCGGACUCUCCUACGCAUGCGGAUCUAUCGCAACAUUCUCAUGGAUAGCGAUUGACGCCGCAGCAACUCUGCUAGGCGCGCAGAUGCUCCUGUCAAUUAUAAGCUUCUACCUUCCGAGCUAUGCGCCCGAGGCCUGGCAUUACUUUCUUGUCUAUCAAGCCAUCCAUCUGGUACUUUUCCUCUACAAUCUCGUUGCACUGGUCAAGACGCCAUGGGUGCACAACCUUGGAUUACUGCUCACCCUAUGUGCUUUUGUCGUCAUCACCAUUACCUGUCUAGCUCGCUCAGAGAAACGCAGCUCGGAAUAUGUCUGGGCAACGCUGGACAACAACACCGGCUGGCCUUCUGGUGUGACUUUUCUCACUGGACUUGCCACGCCGGCCUUCAUGUACGCUGGCCUUGACGCUUCCAUGCAUCUAGCAGAGGAAUGUACGGAGCCAGAAAAGACUGUCCCAAGAGCUCUCAUGGCCACAAUUCUGAUCGGCUUCAUCACUGGAUUUGCCUUCAGUAUUGCCAUGUGCUACGGCAUUCAAGAUCUUGACUCACUGAUCUCAACAACCAUGCCCAUCUACGAACUCUGGCGACAAGCCACCCGCAGCGACACCGCAGCCACAGCCUUCCUCGCAACCUCCCUCACCAUAAUCUUCUUCGCCGUCAACGCCAUCAUCCAAACAUCCUCCCACCUGAUCUGGGCAUUCGGCCGCGACAACGGUCUCAUCUGCUCAAAACAACUCAGUCUCAUGCACGCAAGCCUAGGCGUCCCCGUAUGGGCCCUCAUCGUCGAAGAGGUGGUUGUAAUCAUAUGCGGAUGCAUUUAUCUAGGCUCAACUGCCGCAUUCAACGCUUUGAUCAAUACGGCUGUAAUUUUACAGAUCGUUUCCUUUGCCAUCCCUUGCGCGCUUCUUUUGCUCAGAGGGAGAAGUGAGAGGUUUUUGGCAAAGGGGAGGUGGUUUUGUAUCCCCGGGUGGCUCGGAUGGGUGUGUAAUGGUAUCGUGGUUGUUUAUGCCGUCAUUGAACUUGUGUUUUUUGAUCUGCCGACUUCGAUUCCGACGACCGGGUCGAGCAUGAAUUAUACUUGCGCUGUUCUGGCCACUAUGGCUGUGUUUAGUGGGAUCAAUUGGCUUGUGUACGCUCGCAAGCACUACAAGGGUCCACGUAUUGAUCUGUCUUCUUAG